AUGCUGUCCGCGUUGACAUUGUAUUACGUCGGUGAUAAUUUGCGUGGCAUGGCUGCUAGAAGGCAACGACACAAUUACCAAAGGUUGACACUUUUGUGUGCUGCGAAGAUGCCCGUUUCCUUCAACCCCAUCGACGAGCUUUUCUGCGUUCGUGCAAGAUACGAACUCAUGAACCCUGAUGACUUAGCGGCUGGACUGAAGGUCUUCUUUUACGCGAACAAGGGAAGAGUGAAUGGCCCAGCUGUGAGCACAGGCCCAAACUCCACAGACGUUGAGCUGAUCGGAAACAUCACGGAUCUGGAGGAACCUAGCAAAUUUGCAGUCCUGCCAGCCAUCCUCCAGAAUGUUUUAAGUAGGACCAACCUUCGCUUUUUCUUCCCUGACCAUUGGGUCGUUGCUGUCGGGCCUUCUAGGAACGCAACAUUAGCCUAUGACUGGGCGAUCGUCAGUGCUGGACCUCCUAGGACACCUGGGAUUAAAGGCUGCCGCACUGAUGUAGCAUUUCUUGGGCUGUUCGAAGUGCAUCAAGGCGGUCUUUGGCUAUUGACACGGGAACCAGUCGACAAGACCAGCGAUGAUAUAAUGAGGAAUGUUGCAGAAGCCCUGGGCUUUGAUUUAUCAGUCUUGGUUGACGUCAAGCAAGCGAAAUGCAAGUACAAAGGAGCGCCUUGA